AUGUCGAACCAUCCUAUAUCUGUAUCUGAACCGUUAAACAUUGAGAAUAUCGAAAAUAACGAAUUAUCGCACGGGAACAUUUCAUCACGCCCAACUACAUGGAAUCGAAUGAUAAAGAUCUUCUUUUAUUUGUUCUCGGAUUGUCUUUUCGCAAGAAUACUCGCAUUUACAUUCAUAUGUCAAGCUGCAGUGAUGUGGUUAGGAACGGCGUUGAAUUUCAUCCUUCAACUGUUGUUUAUCCCAUUUUCGUUUUCGGCGUCGUCGAAACAAGGCGCAUCGCCGUCAUCGAACAUUCUCUCGUUCCUGGGAAGCUAUUCGAUGGUGCCUGGAAUCGUCGCAUUUUCGGCGCAUUAUUUUUGGUUCGUUUUACAAAUCGGUUGCCAUUGUUUUACAACCACAUUGCGGAACAAGAAGUCUGAUCAUCGGACAAAUGCUUUGCUGUUUUUUAUCGAUAAUGAAAUUUCGUUUUUUCAUGUGAAUGUCAAACAAUUGUAUCGACUCUUCGUCAGCUUAUCAUCGAUUGCUUACGUUAUCUACUAUGCAAGUCGAGAUCUACUGAACUGUUUAAUUGUUCCAUCUGGACAAGUUCCACUAGCAUUAAUGUGGGGUUUACACGUUCUUCAUCUACUCGGCUUGACAAUCUAUGUUACACUGACUGUUUGUUCAAACUGGACGAAGUCAAGCAAAGCUAUGAAACAAUUAACAUUUCAUCCAACGUCACAUAUGUCCGGCUUAAUUAUACUCUCUGUUUUAAUAUUAAUUCCGAUUAUAUUUCAACUGCUUUGCAUUUAUGUUAAUGUACUUAUCGGCAUUUUAGCAUUUAUUAUUUGGACAUUUUUGUUCCAUCAAACAUGGGCACCUGCUAAGCCGCAAGAUGAUGAUAGCGAACCAGCACCAGCUCAUGAAGAUACCAAUGAUCGAACACGAACCGAAUCAUCGACGAAUACUAUAUAUCUAAACGAUAUGAAACACAUUUACUGCGUGAAUGUUUGUUCGAUAUUUUUCAAAGGACCAUUGGAUCGUUACUAUGAUUCUCGUAUUAUCACCCGUCUGACACGGGUAUUCACAUACAAAGUUUUCAUCCUUGUUCUCCAAUGUAUCAUGUUCACUUCAUUAAUAUUCGUUUUACGACGAUCAUCCGAUGAUCUUUCCACAAAAGAACGUGCUCUGCAAAUAUUUCUUGUUCUGAUAUUAGCAACAAUCGAACUUGUUUUAUUGUUACCACCAUUCAUCGCACGUUUCAAUAUACUUCGUAUUCAAAUGAAUCUUAUACAAAUCCUUCUAAUUUGGAUAUUCGUGCUAUUAAUCAUUGGAAUCACAGUGCUGAUUCAAAGUAAAGUGGCAGAUCGAAUGAUCAUGAUUUUCUGCAUAUCACCUCCAUUAAUAUACGCCAUUCUACUCUUUAUCUUCUAUGUGUAUCACAUUGUACGAGAUUUGUGGCAUUUUAUCCUCAAAAGACAUCGUCAACGUCGGAAUUUACUCGUACCUGGUCUCAUUGAAUGGAUCGAAUGUCAUUAUUCCAUAUCUCUAUACGUCAAUGCGUACUAUAUGAUUUUUCUAAUACUUGCCUUAAUCGCAUUCGCUGGCCUUACAUUAGCCUCGUCGAUGUUCUUUUUGAAUAAUAAAGAGGUUGACAAGAAUUCGAAAUUUCCCGAGACGAUCAAAUUGUAUGGAAAUGAUAGUUUGUCGAUCAAUAGAAAUAUCGAUCGUAUGGAAGCAUGCAAUUGGCAUUUCGAAGAUUUCACUAUUGAAGAUAUGAUCCUGUUUUCAGCAUUAGCUUAUCAGCCGACUGAGAUGCUACAAGAUGAAAUCGAACAUUUUUAUCCGAUGGAAGCGCAACAAGAGAAAACAAUGUUCGUCGAUGUUAAUAACAGCCAGUUUCAAGCACAUGGCUAUGGAAAUGUGACAUACUUUACAUUGGUGACGAAAAAUGCAGUAGUCGUUAGUAUACGAGGUACAACAUUGCUGUAUGAAUGGUUAAUCGACUUUGAUACAUGGAAUGAAGCAUUUCUAUAUCAAGUCUUGUCCAUACUAUUUCCCUGGUCGAAAUUAUUUCCUGAAUAUAUGACAGCACGAAUCAUCAAACAUUUGUCGAUCUUAGAACGAUUAAUCGAUGUCAACAUGAGACAAUUGAACAAACAACGCUUUUAUUUGCAACAACUUGUUCCCAAGUUGAAACGAAUUCGUCAACUAUAUCGAAAUAAACGGUCGUUUAUCCUCGUUGGACAUUCACUCGGUGGUGGCUUAGCUAAAUUAGCCGGCUCGGCUCUCUUGAAUGAAACGUCAGUUGUUGUUUCCGUCAGUGGUCCCGGUAUAACUUAUAGUCAUACUAAAAUGGAUGAAACGAAGCAUAUUCCAAUGGCAGCUAUACAUAGAAAAAUAUUUAAUAUUUAUCAUGACCGUGAUGUUGUUUCCUGGAGCGAUAAGCAAGAAGGUUUACAACAAGAAAUAACUUGCCCACUGAAAUAUAAUUUUCUCCAAUGUCAUUAUAUAAAUCCUUUUAUGUGUGCCGUUAUACAACAGUGUGGAAAUACAAAAGACUUUCAAUUUAAUCCAGCCGUCUGUGAACCUUAA